AACGUUGUCAGUUACACUGAAACCAAUUGGAAAGGUUGGACAUGGAGACGCGGCGCCACCUGGACUUGUCUGUGGAUGUAGGCGAUGUGAUCGCGGAAGACUUGCCUCCGAUGGAAAUCACACCGCUUUCGACCAUCGUGCCCAUGAGUUACGUGUUUGACGACGUCGAACACCGCACGAUCUCUGGGAUCAUCCACCUCCAGUACCAAGUUCGCAGGCGGCAGUCCUGCAGGCGCAAUCUCGCCAAAUCCAAUCGAGUGCCGUUGGCCACAACAGAUGCAGAGUUGCGCGAAUGGCAUGGCGCUGCACGAGGUAAAGUGCAUUCGUCAGAGCCAGACUCGUCCCCCAUCGUCGUCAUCAGCCCAAAAUACCCCCCUCGCCGUCCCCAGCAGCAACAGCAGCAGCACCCCCUUCGACUCGUCAUUUGCGGACCCCCGGCAGGCGGCAAAGGCACCCAGUGCGAACGACUGGUCGAAAAGUAUGGCGUCGUGCACCUGUCGACAGGGGACAUGCUCCGAGCGGCCAUCCAGGUCAACUCGAACACGGGCCUUCGCGCCAAACAGUUCAUGGACGCUGGAACCCUCGUGCCCGAUGACUUGAUUGUGCACGUCAUCUUAGAGCGGCUUCAAGCGCCUGACUGCGCGCAGAAGGGGUGGCUGCUGGACGGAUUUCCACGAACACCCGUCCAAGCCAAGGCCAUGGUCGACGCGGGCAUCGUUCCCGACCUCGUGCUGGUGCUGCACGUCCCGGACGACGAAGUGGUGGCGCGCAUCUCUGGACGCCGAGUAGACCUCACCACCGGCAAGACGUACCACGUGACGUUCAAUCCGCCGCCGCCGGGUGUGGAUGUGGUGCAGCGAAGUGACGACAACGAAGAAACGAUCCGAGUGCGUCUGGCCACAUACCACGCCAACUGCGAUGCCGUCGUGGACACGUUUGUGCCGCUGUCGACGAUCUUGCAUGUGGACGGGAUGCUGCCCAAACUGGAAGUGGUGACACAGGCGGACACCGGGAUUCAGGCCAUUCCGACUGGUGUUUCGACCUCCCCCUUUAAGCGACAAGUAUUGGUGGAAGGAGAAGCCAAGGGAUUUCGCUCACCAAAGCCGCAAAUCUCAUUCAAAGAGCACCAUGAAUUAAUGGAAUCUCCUCGCCCCAGUGGACUCCGUCAAAUCUCUGGCAAGUCCACCCCUCGGUCGACGAAACUACAAGCAAAGAUAGCGUCGACGUCGGACGUUCCACCUCCCUACGAGAGCAAGCCGAAAAACAUUCAAAAGCAGUCGUCCCCGAUUAAAACAAUAGCCGCGCCGCCGAAACUAGUCCUUUGUGCCCCCCCUGCGGGCGGAAAAGGCACCCAAUGCGACCUCCUUGUCCGGCAAUUCGGAAUGGUCCACCUUUCUACGGGGGACAUGCUUAGAGCUGCCAUUAAAGCCGGCACCGACGUCGGUUUACAAGCCAAAGCGUUUAUGGACGCAGGCAACCUCGUUCCAGACGAAUUGAUCAUUCACGCUGUUUUGGACCGCCUGAAGCAGCCCGACUGUGUCGAGCGAGGGUGGCUGCUCGAUGGCUUCCCGCGAUCUGCCGGUCAAGCCCAAGCCAUGCUCGAUGGGGGCAUUUCCCCGUCGCUGGUUGUCGUCCUCAACGUCCCAGACGACGAAGUGGUGUCGCGAAUAGCGGGUCGCCGCCUGGACCCGGCGACAGGUAAAUCGUAUCACGUCGAGUUCAACCCACCCCCCGAGAGCGUGGAAGUGGUUCAACGUAGCGACGAUACCGAAGAAACGAUCCGCGUCCGGCUCGCCACUUAUCACGAACAUUGUGGCGCGGUCGUGGACUCGUUUGCGUCUAUAUGUCGGCGUUUGACCGUCGAUGGCUCCCUUCCCAUAGAAGACAUCGCCAGCCAAAUUGUACAAGCCAUGACAUCCCCUGGCAAAACCACGAAGCCUCCGAACCCGCGGCAACACCACCGCGACAAAUCUAGCAUGAAGCACCCCCUUCGACUCGUCAUUUGCGGACCCCCGGCAGGCGGCAAAGGCACCCAGUGCGAACGACUGGUCGAAAAGUAUGGCGUCGUGCACCUGUCGACAGGGGACAUGCUCCGAGCGGCCAUCCAGGUCAACUCGAACACGGGCCUUCGCGCCAAACAGUUCAUGGACGCUGGAACCCUCGUGCCCGAUGACUUGAUUGUGCACGUCAUCUUAGAGCGGCUUCAAGCGCCUGACUGCGCGCAGAAGGGGUGGCUGCUGGACGGAUUUCCACGAACACCCGUCCAAGCCAAGGCCAUGGUCGACGCGGGCAUCGUUCCCGACCUCGUGCUGGUGCUGCACGUCCCGGACGACGAAGUGGUGGCGCGCAUCUCUGGACGCCGAGUAGACCUCACCACCGGCAAGACGUACCACGUGACGUUCAAUCCGCCGCCGCCGGGUGUGGAUGUGGUGCAGCGAAGUGACGACAACGAAGAAACGAUCCGAGUGCGUCUGGCCACAUACCACGCCAACUGCGAUGCCGUCGUGGACACGUUUGUGCCGCUGUCGACGAUCUUGCAUGUGGACGGGAUGCUGCCCAAACCGGGCGUGGUGAAAAGUGUCGACACCGCGAUCGAGGUCGUUGAAACGAUAGCACGGAAGGGUGGGGGAUAUGCGGACGAAGAACUCUCUUUGAGCGAGUCGGACCAUUUGCGGCUGGCCAAAAAGGCUGUAUUGCGCCAUGCGGCUGUGGCGUCUCAAACCCAUCAACCACCGACGGUAGCCGUAUUAGGCCCACCAGGCUCGGGCAAAUCGUAUCAUUGCCACUGGCUUCACGAGCACUUGGGCGUGGUGCACUUUAGUGUGGGCGAAAUGCUGCGGCGGUCGAUUGACGCUGAAACCCGCGUGGGAGUGAAGGCAAAGGUAUAUGUCGAGGUGGGGGAUGUUGUUCCAGACUCACUUAUCGUCGGCACAACCGUGGAGAUCCUUCGGGCGCGGGAGUGCCGAACCAAUGGGUGGGCGCUCGACGGGUUCCCUCGCACUAGUGGCCAAGCCAAGGCGUUGGUAGAGCAUGACAUCGUUCCAGAUAUCGUCGUGGUCCUCGAUGUCGUGGACGACAACGAAGUGGUGCACCGUAUCAGUGGCCGACGGUUCGACCCAGUUACGGACCACACGUACCACGUGACGUUCGACCCGCCGCCGCCCGGCGUGGACGUCAAGCUGAGAACAGACGACACGGAAGGUGCCGUGCGCUUGAGUUUGGCGCAAUACCGAGCGCAUUGCGUUGACAUCGAAGCCGUGUUGGCUGCGCAUACAAAGGUAGUGCACGUCGACGGAUGCUUGAGCAAGGCACAAGUCCACGCGCACUUGAGCCGGCUGUUUCCAUCAUUGAAGGCGAAGGGUAAACACCCCACCCAACCCUCUGGAUUGCGACCUCCAAGGGGAUUCCACCACGGGCACCAUCCAACUAGUCUAAUGAAAGCAGCGAGCAGCCUUAAGCCCCUCAAACUGCCACCAACUGUGCUUGCUGCGUAUUCGCCACCCAAAACCAACAGGCCAAAGUCCACGCACAACGACGACGACGACAAAACAGUGGCCGGCACGAGCGCAGCCACAGACGACGAUAUUCAAGCCGCGCUGGCAGAGUUACACGAGAUUCAAGUGGAAAACGUUCGGUUAAAACAACUUUUCCUAGACACGAGCAAACAUCCCUCCAAGGAAGGAAUGUCGAAACCUCGCCAAGGCAACCGCGGAGGAGGUGAUCGUGAGUACGACGUCGUGCUCGAACAGCUGGCAUCGGAAAAGAAGAGCCUUCAACGGGUGACCAAGCGGCAAAAAGAAAGCAUCGACGCAAACGAGUGGGAAACACUUCUCCAGAAAACGAUGACGGAACUGGACAUCAUGCGCAAGAAGAUCCAAGCUUGCAAAAAGAGCCACGCCGUUGUCUCGGACGAGGAAGAAGCCAAGUGGAAGGCAGUGCAAUGUCGCCACGAGCAGCUCAAGACAACGUGGCGUCAGCUGAACCAGCCUGACUCGGUCACAGCGACCGAGAAAGCAAACGCCAAGCUCAAACUGUUGAAACGAGAGAAGACGUUGCAGCGAACGGACGAAGGGUACUACCUGCAAAAAGCCAUCCACGUCCAAGCCACGACGACGCACGAAGUCCACCGCAUGCAAAAACAAACGGCGCGGUUGCAGGAAGCCAUCGCGAUGGCCCAGUCGCAGCUGGACACGUGUGCGGCAGAAUGCAGCGAGUUGCAACGCCAGAUCAACACGAAACAAGGAGCGUUCUUGCCCAAGCUACCCAACGCGAAGGCGGUGCAUCCACCAGUCCCCACAAGGGUACAGUCACAUGCUAGUCUGCCGCCCAUUGCAGUGAAAAAACCACACACAGGCUGCGAUGUGCCCAAGAAACGAAUGGCCGUGCCCCCUCUGAACCACACAUCGCGGGAUAAGUACUAA